AUGACAAUUCAGAGUAACAGGAGUGUUUUUCACCCAGCUACAUUUUUCCUCAUUGGGAUUCCAGGUUUGGAGGAAAUCCAUGCUUGGAUCUCUCUGCCUUUCUGCUGUAUUUAUCUUGUGGCCCUAGUGGGAAAUACCAUGAUCCUGGUAGUUAUCAAGACAGGGCGUUCUCUCCGAGAGCCCAUGUUCUACUUCCUGGCCAUCCUUUCUUCAGUCGACUUGGCUCUUUCUACAACUUCUGUGCCCCGUAUGCUUGGCAUAUUUUGGUUUGAUGCCCAUGAAAUAAACUUUGGUGGCUGUGUGGCUCAGAUGUUUUUGAUCCAUGCCCUCACUGGCAUGGAGGCUGAGGUUCUCAUGGCCAUGGCUUUUGACCGUUAUGUAGCCAUCUGUGUUCCACUCCACUACACAACCAUCUUGACAUCUCAUGUCCUGAUGGGCAUCAGUAUAUGUGUGGUAGUUCGUCCAACCUUGUUUAUAUGCCCAAUGAUCUAUCUCAUUUACCGCUUACCCUUUUGUCAAGCUCAUGUAAUAGCACAUUCCUAUUGUGAACACAUGAGCAUUGCCAAACUGUCCUGUGGAAACAUCCAUAUCAAUGCUGUGUAUGGCCUCUUUGUGGUCUCUUUCUUUCUUUUGAACUUGGUACUUAUUGGCAUCUCAUAUGGAUACAUUCUUCAUGCUGUGUUCCGCCUCCCAUCUCAUGAUGCACGGUUAAAAGCCCUCAGCACAUGUGGUUCCCAUGUGGCUGUUCUCUGUGUUUUCUACAUCCCAUCAGUCUUCUCUUUCCUCACUCAUCGGUUUGGACACAACAUUCCACAUUACAUUCACAUUCUUGUUGCCAACCUCUAUUUGGUCAUUCCUCCCUUUCUCAAUCCCAUCAUUUAUGGUGUGAGAACAAAGCAGAUAAGAGAGCGUGUUCUCCACAUAUUCACUAAAAGGUAA